GAUCCUAAUUUAAUUUUAAUAAAUUUGAUUCAUCAGCCAAACUGCCACGUGAAUAUGUAUAUUUUGGUUAAAAAUGUAGGAAAAGUAAAAAUAAAGAUAGUCUCAUUCAUUGCACAUAACCCUAAAAGAAUGAUCGAGGUGGCAUGGCAUUGGCAGCCAUGGCUGCCAAUCCCGAAAUGGCAAAGCUCCGCUUCUUGCCUCCUCACUUUAGAUUCCACAUUCUUAUCUAUCUCUUCAAGCCAACGUUUUGAACUCAAAAAGUAGAAGUGAAGAAUGCAGAAACAAAUUUUGUGUCGUAAAUACCUGUUGUUCGAUGGGUUUACUCGUUCGAAAAUUCGCCGUAGCUGUAUUCGGCAAAUCUCAGAAUCAACUAAGUUCGGCUUUGGGACGUUUGCAACUCCGGAAGCUAUCUUCAACGAUUCUGAGAUUUCAGAAGUUGAGGAUUGGGACGAUUCUGGCUUUAAGGAUUCUUUUCAAGUUGACCGUUCUCUUUACAAUGAUUUACUCAAGAGAUGCACCCAGAUGGGGAAGCUGAGAGAAGGAAGAAUUGUCCAUGCCCUUUUACUGAAUUCCCAGUUCAGGGAUGACCUCGUCAUUCAAAACACUGUACUCAACAUGUAUGCAAAGUGUGGUAGCAUAGUGGAUGCUCGUAAAAUGUUUGAUAAAAUGCCACAUAAAGAUAUGGUUACUUGGACUGCCUUGAUCACUGGAUAUUCUCAGAAUGAUCGAGCACAGGAGGCGCUGGAUUUGUUUCCCCGGAUGCUACAACAUGGAUUGAAACCGAACCAGUUCACUCUGUCUAGCUUGUUGAAGGCUUCCGGCGAUGGGCCAGCCAAUGAUAAGCAGGGUAGGCAGCUUCACGCAUAUUGUGUGAAGUGUGGCUGUGAUUCUAAUGUUUAUGUGGGAAGUUCUCUUUUGGACAUGUAUGCUAGGUUUGGCCUUAUGGUUGAAGCUCAGUUAAUCUUUGAGGGGCUGGUGAGCAAGAAUGAGGUGUCUUGGAAUGCUUUGAUUGCUGCGCAUGCCAGGAAAGGUGAAGGAGAACAUGCCAUCAGGCUUUUCCGGGAAAUGCAAAGAGAUUAUUUUAAACCUACUCAUUUUACGUAUUCUAGUUUGUUUACAGUUUGUGCCAGCACAGGGUCUUUGGAGCAGGGCAAGUGGGUUCAUGCACAUGUCAUCAAGUCCGGUGGUAGACUUGUUGCUUUUGUUGGAAACACUCUUGUUGACAUGUAUGCAAAAUCAGGUAGCAUUGAGGAUGCAAAAAAAGUUUUUGAUAGGUUGGUUAAGCGAGACUUAGUUUCUUGGAACUCAAUGCUUACUGGAUACGCACAACAUGGGCUCGGGAAGGAAACACUGCAGCAGUUCGAAGAAAUGCGGAGAAUUGGAAUUCAACCAAAUGAUGUAACCUUCCUUUGUGUGCUAACCGCUUGCAGCCAUGCUGGGCUUUUGGAUGAAGGACAGCACUAUUUUGAAUUGAUGAAAAAGUACAGGGUAGAGCCAGACGUUUCACAUUAUGUGACAAUGGUUGAUCUUCUUGGUCGUGCAGGUCUUCUAGAUCGAGCUGAGAGGUUCAUAAGAGAUAUGCCUAUUGAGCCCACUGCAGCUGUCUGGGGAGCCUUGCUUGGUGCUUGCAGGAUGCACAAGAAUUUGGAGUUGGGUGCUUAUGCUGCCGAACACGUUUUUGAGCUUGAUCCUCAUGAUUCGGGUCUCCAUAUAUUGCUUUAUAAUAUGUAUGCCUCCGCUGGUAGAUGGAAUGAUGCUGCAAAAGUAAGAAAGAUGAUGAAAGAGAAUGGAGUUAAAAAGGAACCUGCUUGUAGUUGGGUGGAAAUUGAGAAUGCAGUCCAUAUGUUUAUUGCAAACGAUGAUGCUCACCCACAAAGGGAAGAGAUUGGUAAGAUGUGGGAGAAAAUGAGCAUAAAAAUCAAGGAGAUAGGAUAUGUCCCAGAUACUAGUCACGUGCUUUUGUUUGUGGACCAGCAAGAAAGGGAGGUAAAGUUGCAGUAUCAUAGUGAGAAACUUGCUCUCGCAUUUGCGCUGCUGAACACCCCUCCAGGAUCAACCAUAAGGAUCAAGAAGAAUAUUAGGGUUUGUGGGGAUUGUCAUUCGGCAAUCAAAUAUGUCUCCAAGGUGGUAGGAAGAGAAAUCAUUGUAAGAGAUACCAAUCGUUUUCAUCAUUUCCGCAAUGGAUCAUGCUCGUGUGGCAACUAUUGGUAGUGCUAAUUUUUAGUGCCUAAUCAAUCAGAUGUGUCUCAAUGGGAGAAUAGGCAUUGUUGAAGAGACGCUAACCCACUACAAGAUGAUCUUAGUCUAACUAUGAUUAUUCUACCUCCUGAUUUCAACACAACAGUUUUCCUCUUGAGAUUUAAAGGAGGAAACUAUGAAUUGAAUAGAUGAUGGAUUAAGGGUGCA